AUGAACCGGCAGCUAGUGAAAAUUUUGACAACCUUGUUUGCAUUUUUCUUAGAGACAAACCACUUCAGGACGACUUUCUGUAAAGAACAUGAUUCAAGAUCUGGAAAAUCCCCCUCACAGACCCUGUCUCCUUCAGAUUUUUUGGACAAAUUGAUGGGAAGGACAUCGGGGUAUGAUGCUAGAAUCAGACCAAAUUUUAAAGGUCCUCCAGUAAACGUUACUUGCAAUAUUUUUAUCAACAGUUUUGGAUCAGUCACAGAAACCACAAUGGACUACAGAGUGAACAUUUUUUUGAGGCAGCAGUGGAAUGAUUCACGUCUGGCUUACAGCGAAUAUCCUGAUGAUUCCCUGGAUUUGGAUCCCUCUAUGUUGGAUUCUAUUUGGAAGCCAGAUUUAUUCUUUGCCAAUGAGAAGGGAGCAAAUUUCCAUGAUGUUACAACAGACAACAAGCUGCUGAGGAUUUCUAAAACUGGAAAGGUGUUGUACAGCAUCAGACUUACUUUAACCUUGUCCUGUCCCAUGGACUUGAAGAAUUUUCCUAUGGAUGUACAGACAUGUACAAUGCAGCUUGAGAGCUUUGGCUACACCAUGAAUGAUCUAAUAUUUGAGUGGCUAAGUGAUGGACCUGUGCAAGUUGCAGAGGGUUUGACCUUGCCACAGUUUAUUUUAAAAGAAGAUAAAGAACUUGGUUAUUGCACAAAACAUUACAACACUGGAAAGUUUACAUGCAUUGAAGUCAAGUUUCAUUUGGAGCGUCAGAUGGGAUACUAUUUAAUCCAGAUGUACAUUCCUAGCCUGCUGAUUGUCAUUUUAUCCUGGGUUUCUUUCUGGAUCAACAUGGAUGCUGCUCCAGCCAGAGUUGCACUGGGCAUCACUACAGUUUUGACAAUGACCACACAAAGCUCAGGAUCGAGAGCUUCCCUCCCAAAAGUCUCCUAUGUAAAAGCUAUCGACAUUUGGAUGGCUGUGUGUCUUCUCUUUGUCUUUGCUGCUUUGCUGGAAUAUGCAGCAGUCAACUUCGUUUCACGGCAGCACAAAGAGUUUCUGAGGCUUCGGAGAAGGCAAAGAAGACAAAACAAGGAAGACGAAGUUGCUCGUGACAGCCGAUUCAAUUUCAGUGGCUAUGGCAUGGGCCACUGCCUCCAAGUGAAAGAUGGCACAGCAGUCAAGGCUACGCCACCCAACCCAACUCCAGCACCACCAAAGGAUUCAGAAUCCAUCAAAAAGAAGUUUGUUGACCGUGCAAAAAGGAUUGAUACAAUAUCCCGUGCUGCGUUCCCGCUCGCCUUCCUCAUUUUCAACAUCUUUUACUGGAUUACAUACAAAAUUAUACGGCAUGAGGACAUUCACAAGAAAUAG